CGAGAACCCGACAGAGGAAAGAAAGGAAGGAAGCAAUGGCGGAAAAAUCUCCGGUGAAAGAAGUUGCUUUCUCAGAGAGCAUCCCCAUCUCGAACUCAAACCAGUUGAAGCAAUCUCCGCAGUUCUCCGCCAAAUUGACCACCCCAACGCCACCCAUCUCCGAUAUCCCCUCCACUCCCACCAGCCGUCUUCCUCCCGUCGAUGCCGACGUUAUUCAUGUCCCCAGCUACUCCCGGUGGUUCUCGUGGGACAAGAUAGACUCUUGCGAGUCCCGUUUCCUUCCGGAGUUCUUCGAUGGACGCUCGUCCAAAGGCCCUAGUCUUUACAAGUAUUACAGGAACUCAAUUAUAAAGUUAUUCAGGGAAAACCCUUCGCGUAAGAUUACCUUCACUGAGGCCAGGAGGAAUCUCGUCGGCGAUGUUGGCUCCAUUCGAAGGGUUUUUGAUUUCCUCGACCACUGGGGUCUCAUCAAUUACUCUGCCUCUUCGGCUCUCUCCAAGCCCUCCAAAAAUACCGCUUCUAAUAAUAAAUCCUCGGAUUCCCCUUCUCUUGAAUCCCCUUCUACGGCUGCCCCCACCCCCAAGCAGUCCUCUACUUCUCGGCGAUUUUGCGGGGAAUGCAAGUCCCUUUGUACCAUUGCUUGCUUCGUUUGCGACAAGUAUGACUCCACCCUGUGUGCAAGGUGCUAUGUUCGGGGCAACUUUAGGGUUGGUCUAAGCAAUGCUGAUUUCAGGCGGGUAGAGAUCAGUGAUGAAGCCAAGGCAGAUUGGUCAGAAAAAGAGACCUUGCUGCUUCUUGAAGCCAUUAUGCAUUAUGGUGAUGACUGGAAGAAGGUUGCGCAGCAUGUUGGUGGUAGAACCGAGAAGGAAUGCGUGGCUCAUUUCGUUAAACUUCCUUUUGGGGAGGAAUAUCUUGGUCAUCCAUUAUCUGAUGAUGCCGAGUCUGGAUUUGAUCCUAAUAAAAGUAUGCGCCUCACACCUCUUGCCGAUGCAAGCAACCCAAUCAUGGCUCAGUCUGCCUUUUUGUCAGCUUUGGCUGGUGUGGAGAUUGCAGAAGCAGCUGCCCAAGCAGCUGUUAACAUUCUAUCUAAGAUUGAUGACACCACAGCUAGCAGAGGGGGCAAUGGAUCUCUUGAAAGAAACGCAAAACAAGAAUCAGAAAUUUCAUCUAACGGUGACGCCAACCAAAAUGCAUUGGAAAGAGCAUAUGCAGAUGCAAAAUCACAACUAGACAAGGAAGAACAAGAUAUUGAAAGAGCAAUUACUGAGAUUACAGAAGUGCAGAUGAAAGAGAUCCAGGACAAGAUUCUUCGCUUUGAGGAGAUGGAUUUGCUGAUGGAGAAAGAGAGACAACAAUUGGAGAGCAUGAAGCAUCUACUCUUUAUUGACCAGCUCAAUCUUUCAUUUCGUAAGAAUUCAAAUUAGACAUGAAAAACUGAAGAACAAGUGAUUGAGAACGUUAACCGCAGAUGAUUUGUAAUUAGUUGUUUUAUUUUUC